AUGAUGAAAAAAUGGACGACCACAUUGGCACUACGCACUGAAAAAGACAAUCUUACAACAACACCAAUUAAAAUUGCUCGCGGUAUAUUCCAGGGAGAUUCCCUAAGCCCCUUAUGGUUCUGCCUUGCAAUAAAUCCUUUGUCUAGCAUAUUAAAUAGUACCGAAAACGGAUAUACAAUAGAUAGAGAAGCUAAAGUUAAAAUCACACAUCUGUUAUAUAUGGACGAUAUAAAACUAUAUGCAUCAAACAGGAACCAACUUAACCAUUUAUUAAAACAAACAGAACAAUUUAGCAAUGAUAUAAAAAUGAAUUUUGGAACUGACAAAUGUAAAAUCAACAGCAUAUCAAAAGGACAGCACAAGAAAACAGAAACAUACAAUCUAACACUACAGGAAGGCGCUAUAAGCACUAUGGAUUCAAAAGAAAUAUACAAAUAUUUAGGAUACCAGCAAAGCACCUGCUUAAAUCAUACAGACAUAAAACAAGCCCUUAAAACAAAAUACAGUCAAAGACUCAAUACAAUACUCAAAACCCAUUUAUCCGCUCGAAACAAAACCAAGACCAUCAACACAUACGCAGUCCCCAUACUUAUGUACUCUUUCGGAAUUAUUAAGUGGACCGACACAGACCUAAAUGCCCUAAACACAAUGACACGUUCUCAAGCAAACAAACAUAACAUUCAUCACAUUCACACAUCAACUGAAAGAUUCACACUACAAAGAAAACAUGGUGGUCGCGGGUUUAUCGACAUUAAAAAUUUACAUUAUACCCAAAUAGAAAACUUGCGUUCAUAUUUUCUUAGCAAAGCCAAUAACAGCAAACUACACAAAGCUAUUACUACACUGACCACAGCUGGUACCCCCCUCCAGUUCAAUGACAGAGACUAUGAACCUGAAACCAAGAUAAUAACAGAGCAAAAAAAAGUAGAAGAUUGGAAGAAAAAAGCACUACACGGUAAAUACCCCCACCAACUCGAACAGACUCACAUAGACAAGGAAGCUUCAAAUACAUGGCUUACAAAAGGUAACAUAUUUGCCGAAACAGAAGGUUUCUUUAUAGCUAUCCAAGACCAAAUUAUUAAAACCAGAAACUACUCUAAGUACAUAAUUAAAGAAUCGAUAGAGACAGAUUUAUGUAGGUUAUGCCAUCAAAACAAGGAAACAAUAGAUCACAUAACAGGAGCCUGCAAGAUAUUAGCUACAAAAGAAUAUAUCAAAAGACAUGACAACGUUGCGAAACAGAUACACCAAAGCUUAGCAUUGAAUCAUAAACUAAUUAGUACAUACACGCCUUACUACAAAUAUAUACCCACCAAUGUCCUUGAAAAUGAAACAGUCAAACUAUAUUGGAAUGUAGAUAUAAUAACAGACAAAACAAUAGCAUGCAACAGACCUGAUAUCACACUUACAUUAAAAUCCUCAAAGACCACUUACCUCAUCGACAUAUCCAUACCUAACACCGAAAAUCUGAAAACCAAGCAUCAAGAAAAGAUCCAAAAAUAUAUUCCACUUGCAGACGAAAUUAAAGAUAUGUGGCACCAAAGCUCAAUAAAGAUAGUACCUAUAAUUCUUUCAUCCACAGGUGUAGUACCCAAAACUCUACAUAAAUCUAUAGAAUUGUUAGAAUUACACAAAUCAACAUAUACUAAGUUACAAAAGUCAAUAGUUCUAGACACAUGCUCGAUAGUACGUCGAUUCCUAAACCCCUCAUCAUUAUCCCCA